CCACAAACAGCCUUAAGCGAUGACAACAAACUAGGCCAGGGAGGAUUCGGAGUCGUCUACAAGGGCACUUUGCCAGACGGAAGAAGAAUAGCCAUCAAGCGGCUCACGACGCAGUCCCAAAAAGGAAAGCAGGAGUUCCUCAACGAAGUUAAGCUUGUUAGCAGCGUCCAGCAUCGAAACUUGGUCAAAUUAUACGGCUGCUGUACCGAGGAAUCCGAAAGGCUUCUCGUUUACGAGCUUCUCGAGAACAACAGCUUGUCCAGAGUCCUGUUUCAAGGAAAUCUUUGUCUCUCGUGGGAGCAAAGGUACAAUGUCAUCCUUGGUGUAGCUCGAGGCCUUGCCUAUCUGCACGAGGAUUCGCAGGUAAAGAUCAUACACAGAGACAUCAAGGCAGGGAACGUACUUCUCGACGAAAAGUUCGAGGCCAAGAUCGCAGACUUUGGCCUGGCAAGGUUGUACUCGGACGAGAGAUCUAUCAACACUCAGAUCGCAGGAACUCUGGGAUACAUGGCACCGGAGUACGCACUCCACGGCCACCUCACAGACAAAGCAGACGUUUUCAGCUUUGGGAUCCUCAGCCUGGAGAUUGUAAGUGGACGAAGGAGCACGGACUUGAAUCAACCGAUCGAGCGACAAUACCUUCUGGAAUGGGCCUGGAAGUCACACGAAAGGAACGAACAACUGGACCUUGUAGACGCGGGACUCAACACUGUACCUCCAAGCUUUGACAAGGAGCAAGCGAUAAGAGUGAUUUGCGUUGGGCUCCUGUGCACCCAAGCUACGCCAUCGCAGCGCCCAAGCAUGUCACGAGUCGUGACGAUGAUCUGUGGAGAGGCCAAGCUGGGCAAAGUGUCGCGGCCGGCGAUGGUAGAGCUCGUCGAUGGAGUGCUCAAGGCGGACACGCUAAACUCGAGCUACAGCAGCCAGGAACUCCACUCGUCGCAAUGCAUCUCCUCGGCGCGAUGA